GCUGCGUCAGAACAUUAAUGCACAAGUUUCUGAGUUUUUUCUCAACCUCAAAGUGCAACCCCUUUUGAACCUAAACAAAAAUGAAUCAAAUGGAAAAAGGAAGAACAAAGAUGUGCACAUCUCGCGAGUGGCGCUUGGGAACUCGAAAGUCUCUGCUCAGCCUACAGGCUGGAACCCAGGGCCACUACGCUCCCCCAGCUGCGGGGGUUUCCCUAGAGAAGGAGGCACCGCUUCCCCAUCUGUUGUGCGGCUGCGCAGUAGAGGCAACUGUCCCUUCACAGCCGCCAUAAGCCGCGAGGCCCAGGAUCGUGUUAUUAUUGGCUGGGUGUGUUUGGCGCCAAAGCGGAGGCGGAGGCGAGUAUCUGCGGCUGUGGGACUGCGAACCAUAGUACCUUAGAGAGGGGGCCGUGAACCCAGCGACUGUUUGGCGUGAGAGCGGUCGGUUUAGGAAGCUGCAGGGCCGGGGCGCGUCCGACAUGUUCUGCGAAAAGGCCAUGGAGCUGGUCCGCGAGCUGCACCGCGCGCCAGAAGGGCAGCUGCCAGCCUUCAAUGAGGAUGGACUCAGGCAAGUUCUGGAAGAGAUGAAAGCUUUGUAUGAACAAAACCAGUCUGAUGUGAAUGAAGUGAAAUCAGGUGGACAAAGUGAUUUGAUACCAACCAUCAAAUUUCGACACUGUUCCUUGUUAAGAAAUCGACGCUGUACUGUAGCAUACCUGUAUGAUCGACUGCUUCGGAUCAGAGCACUCAGGUGGGAGUAUGGCAGCAUCUUGCCAAAUGCUUUACGAUUUCACAUGUCUGCUGAAGAAAUGGAGUGGUUUAAUCAUUAUAAAAAGUCCCUUGCUACUUAUAUGAGGUCACUGGGAGGAGAUGGAGGUUUGGACAUCACACAAGAUAUGAAACCUCCGAAAAGCCUAUAUAUAGAAAAAGCAGAGUGUAUCAAGGACUGCAAGGGGAGUGCUAAAACCAUGGGAGCUGAUUUGAAGGAUCUCUCAUUGGACAAAGAAGGAAUAAUCUGAGCCUCAAAAUGAUUAACUUCAGUGAAUUGCAUCACAUCAGUUAUGUGAGAAGCAUAAAUGCAUAAUGGUAUCAAAUAACAAUAACAACAGUUAAAAAAAAUAAAAUCUUUUUGGUUCCCCUUAGAGAAUAUGAGGGGUGCAAGUCAUUUUGAAAAGUGGUAAAUAGGGGCAUCUGGGUGGCUCAGUUGGUUAAGCAUCUGACUUUGGCUAAAGUCAUGAUCUCUCUGUUUGUGGGUUUGAGCCCCACAUCGGGCUCUAUGCUGACAACUCGGAGCCUGGAGCCUGCUUCAGAUUCUGUGUCUCCCUCUCUCUCUGCCCCUCGUUCUCUGUUUCUUUCUUUCAAAAAUAAGUAAAUAUUAAAAAAGGAAAAAAGAAAAGUGCUAAAUAAAAGAAUGGGAUCAACCAUCUCUAUCAGCCUUUACUGUACCCUGAGUUCUGUCUCAAGGUAGCCAAAUAGCCAAAUUGUUUACAAGGGAAAUUCUUUUCUUCCUUUUCUUUCUUUUUUUUUUCUUUUCCUUUUCUUUUCUUUUUCUUUCUUCCUUCCUUCCUUGCUUGCUUCUUUUUCUUUCUUUCCUUUCCUUCCUUUCCUUCCUUUCUUUCCUUUCUUUCCUUCUGUUUAUUUUUUAAGUAAUCUCUACACCCGGAGUGCCUGGGUGGCUCAGUUGGUUAAGUGUCCAACUUCAGCUCAGAUCAUGAUCUCAUGGUUUGUGAGUUCGAGCCCCGCGUUGGUCUCUGUGCUUACAGCUCAGAGCCUGGAGCCUGCUUCGGAUUCUGUGUUUCCCUCUCUCUCUGCCCCUCCCCUGCUCAUGCUGUCUCUCUCUCAAAAAUAAACAUUUAUAAAUUGAAAAAAUUAAAAAAAAAUAAUCUCUGCACCUAACAUGGAGCUCAAACUUACAACCCCAAGAUCAAGAGUUGCAUGCUCUACUGACUGAGUCAGCCAGGUGCCCUGGGGAAUUUCUUCUUCAUGGAAGAAUUCUGGCUAAUAAAUGCAGCAGAAAUAAAAGAACUACAUUAAUGCCAUUUUGUAGCCUUAAUGUGUGGAGGCAAAUAGCUUCUAAAACUGGUAGGUGAAAGUUGGUAGAGAUGAUAAUGAUGAAUAUGGAUGAAUACAGGUAAUACCUACACCUGCUGAUCAAUCCUAACAUCCAGAAAGGAACAACCAGAUGUUUUGUGCUUCAUGAGGUCUUAGAAGAAGAGCUUAAUAACAUCAUUUGCCAGAAAAUCAAACCUGAUCUGAUACAGCCUUUAGACCUAACUUCCAGUUUAGAGGAAAUUCAGGGAUAGAGGAACAUGUUAAGUGACCCCACAAAGAUCCACAACAAAAUCUAGCUUUUGGGAAACUACUAAACAAACUACCCAGUUACUUUAACAAAUAAAUUGCCAAGGGGAGGAAGGAAAAGGGGAAUAACUAUAGAUUAAAAGAUAUGGAGACCUGUUAGAAACAUGUAAUGUGUAGCUUUUGUUGGAUUCUGAUUUGAACAUGGCAGCUUUAAAAAAAUUCAUGAGACAAAUGGGGAAAUUUGGGUACUAACUGGAUAGUUCAUGAUAUGAAAAUUAUUAAUGAGCACCUAGGUGGAUCAGUUGGUUAACCAUCUGACUCUAUGAUCUUGGCUGAGGUCAUGAUCUCACUCUUUGUGGGGUGGAUCCUGCUUAGUAUUCUCUCUCUCCCUCUCUCUCUGCCCCUCCCCCACUUGCAUGCAUGCACAUGUGUGUCUGAGCUUUUCAUUCUCUCAAAAUAAAUAAACAUUUUAAAAAAAAAUUAUUAAUAAGAUGUGAUAACAGUAUUGAGAUUAUGCUUUUUAAAAAGAAUCUUAUACCUGAAACUAAUACAACACUGUAUGUUAACUAACUGGAAUUAAAAUAAAAAGUGAAAAAUUUUUCAGUGAAACCAAAAGCUAAUUCUUUGUGAACAAGAUAAAAUUAAUAAACCUCUAACAAAUUAUAAACACACAAAUAAAAAGAAUCUUAUUUUGUAGAAAUAGAUACUAAAAUAUUUAUAGAUGAAAUGGUAUCCAGGAUUUGCUUCAAAAUAAUCCAGAAGUAGGUGAGGGAAUAAGUUUGGCCACAUCUUGAUAAUUGUUGAUGCCAGUUGAUGGAGUUUCAUUGUAUUAGUAUUUUUAGUUUUGAAUAUGUUCAAGAUUUUCCAUAAUAAAAGUCUAAAGAAGCAAAAAGGUGGUAGUGGUGGUAGGGAUUUUUCUUAAAUAGUAUUUCUUGAACUAAGUAAAAUACCUUUGGGAGUCAUGGUAAGAUUCCAGAGGAAUCAGGGCAUGAAAUUAUCCUGGAAAAGUAGAAGACUGGAACUUGCUGCUGGGGUUGGCUUCAUUCAUAGCAAUGUGAGAACUCAGGAGCACAAACUCCAGUCCUGAGUGCUCAUGGGAGAGGAAAACUGGUCCUGGUGUCCUGUUGCAACACUGAGAAUUGGAGUCAGUUGGUGAUCUUGGCAGUUGCACACAUGGUUUUCAAAAGGCUGCUGUACCCUCCCACCUUCUGACCAAGAGUCUCUCCUGAUACUUAGGAUGUGAUUCUGCAUCUGUUCUUUCGUGGUGUACUUCUACCUAUUCCUGGGAAAGAAUCUGCAUAUUGAAGGAGAUUGGAAGAAUCUCUUUAAAACAUUUUGGAGACUUACCUAUGUCCUAUUCUCAGAUAUUGUUAUAUUUUUGGAAGAACCUAUAAGAGGCAAGUUGGAGUCCAUCUAAAACAUUUUCUUUUUUUUGUAGAUACGUACUUUGAUUUUUUAGGAUUUGCAGAGGGAACACAAUACAUGAUGUUGUCUUCCCUUUGCAGCUCCCUGGGUUUUCUUGGUGGCAGCACAGACACACAUACAUUUGGAGAUCUGCCAUUCUUCCUCCCCAUCCAAACAGGACAUUUGGCAUCUCUAGAGGACCACAGUAAGGAAUGCUAGGCCCAUGUACACAGAGAAGAAACAAACAGAAAAUGACUUUAUGGUUACUACAUAUUAAAAAUAAUUUCGAUAAAACAUCAGUUUUUC